AUGGCUGACUUCCUGCUUUUCGAGGGCCCUAUGGGCUACUCGCUUUUCAAGGUCACCCACCAGGGUGACAGCGUGGGCAACUCCCUGAAGGAAGUCCAGGAUGGUGUUAAUGAUCUUGCCAAGUUUGGUAAGAUGGUCGAUCUGGCCAGCUUUUUGCCUUUCGAAAACAACAAGCAGGCUUUGAGUGAGAUAAAUGACGUCUCGGAAGGUGUUGCGUCGGACACGCUGGUUAACUUCCUCGAACUCAACCUUCCGAAGCCUAAUAAGAAGAAGAAGGUUGUUCUGGGACUUCAAGACAAGGCCUUGGCUGGAAGCAUUAAGUCUGCCUUUUCAUUCGUUGACUGCGAAACUGGUGACACCAGCGAAGUUGUCCAGGAUAUGCUUCGUGGCAUUAGACUGCACGCGACCAAACUGUUGAAGCAACUUCGGGAGGGUGACAUGAAUACUGCACAACUUGGUCUUGGUCAUGCCUACUCGCGCGCCAAGGUUAAGUUCUCCGUUCAGCGUGAUGAUAACCACAUUAUCCAGGCUAUCGCUAUCCUUGAUCAGCUUGAUAAGGCCAUCAAUACAUUCUCCAUGAGGGUCCGGGAAUGGUACUCGUGGCACUUUCCUGAACUAAUCAAAAUUGUUUCAGACAACCAACGGUAUGCGCAAAUCGCUCUGCUCGUCAAGGACAAGAAGGAAUUGAGCGAAGACAAACUGCACGACCUGGCCGCCCUUGUUGAUGACGACGAAGGCAUUGCUCAGAGCAUCAUCGAUGCUGCCAAACACAGCAUGGGUCAGGAGAUUUCUGAGACUGACAUGGAAAACGUCAUUGCCUUUGCCCAAAGAGUUGUCAGCCUUUCACAGUACCGCAAGUCUCUUCACAGCUACCUGGUUUCCAAAAUGAGUGUGGUUGCACCUAACCUUGCUGCACUGAUUGGCGAAAUUGUCGGUGCUCGGCUGAUUUCGCACGCCGGAAGUUUGACUAAUCUGUCCAAGUACCCAGCUUCCACCGUGCAAAUUCUCGGUGCGGAGAAAGCACUUUUCAGAGCUUUAAAGACCAAGGGAAACACCCCGAAGUACGGAUUGCUUUACCACUCCUCUUUCAUUGGUAGAGCUGGACCCAAGAACAAGGGCCGCAUCUCCCGCUUCCUUGCCAACAAGUGCUCAAUCGCUUCUAGACUCGAUAACUUCUCCGAGGAACCCACAACCAAAUUCGGUGAGGCUCUGAAGAAGCAGGUUGAGGAGCGUCUGGAGUUCUAUGCCACCGGUGCUGCUCCUACUAAGAACGAAGUCGCGAUGAAAAAUGCGAUGGACGCUCUUCUGGCUGAUAUUGACGUCGACGUUGACCAGAGUGACGAGGAGAUGGAAGAUGCCGAUGUCGAAAGCAAAAAGGAGGUUGAAAAGAAAGAAAAGAAGGAAAAGAAGGAGAAGAAGGAGAAGAAGAAGGAGAAGAAAGAGAAGAGUGAGAAGAAAGAGAAGGGAGACAAAGAAGAGAAGAAGAAGAAGCGGAAGUCGGAUGCUGGCGAGGAUUCCUCUGAGAAGAAGAAGCGGAAGCACAACGACGAUGGCGAACCGUCCAAAAAGAAGAAGAAGCUCUAA